CAAUUUUCCAAGAUUUGUAAAAUCUUUACAAAUACGUGAUUGGCAAUGGAUGCCAAUGUGGAAGACGAUGAAACAUUUAGUGAAUUAGAUAACAGACAAAACAAUGCAGAAGAAGAUAUUUCAGAAGAAAAUACAGAUGAAACAUCUGUAUCCAUUGAAAGUACAUUUGAUUUGACAUUGCCAGCAACACAUUCUUAUUUAGGGCAUAAUUUUGAAGAACUGAGAGGAAGGACAAUAUUAGAUGAUGGAAUUUACAUGAACUUGCCACUGGUAGUCAAAGAUUUUGUUAUGUUAUUUCCUGGUCAAACACUACCUAUGAUUGUGUUCGAUGAACACACCAUUGAUAUGUUAACUACUUGCAUCAGAAACAACAAAACUUUAGCUGUUGUAUGUUUGGGAUACAUUUGGGAUGAUAUGAUGGCACCAAUAGGUACAACUGCAGAAAUCUAUGAAUGUAUGUAUGAGGACCGUAAUCUAGGUUUUCGCUUAAAAGCUAAGGGCAGACAAAGAUUCAAAAUUCUGAGAGUUAUAAUACAGGGUUAUGAUCAACUAUUAGCCAAUGUAAAAAUUCUACCAGAAAUAACACUUGGCCCACCAUUUUUGGAUGAACGUUUAGCUUCGUUAGAUCGUUUACGGAUACAUGCAAAAACUGAGGAAGAUUUUAAGAAACAGGAAAGGGUAGAAAAUUUAGAUGCUGUAGUUACUCCUUGGCCUGGUUGGGUAUACCGGCAGUAUGACCCUUUAAGACUUUCUUUAAAAAUACGACAGCAUUUAAAGUUUAUUGAAAGCAGGGGAAGCAGUAUACCAGAAAAUCCUACAGAUCUAUCAUUUUGGGUUGCCCAAAAUUUGUUACUAGAUGAUAAUGAAAGAAUUGUUUUAUUAAAUUAUGACUGUGCAAUUUCGAGACUGCAAAGAGAAAUCACAUAUUUGGUAGAUGAUAAAUUAUUUGUUUGUUGCGAUUGUAAUACUCUUAUUGGAAGGCAAUCAAAAAUGAUCCCAAUGAGUAAAGAAGGUCCACUGGGUACUUACUGUAAUCCUGAUGGAAUCAUAUAUGAAACUGUGACUUUAUAUCACGCGCAGGGCCUUAGAUUAAGUCCCAAUCAACCUUCAGUAGAAUAUACAUGGUUCCCAGGGUAUGCUUGGACAGCAGCUAUGUGUGAAAAUUGUGGUGCUCAUAUAGGGUGGAAAUUUACAGCAGUUCAAAACAACUUAAAACCUAGAUCAUUCUGGGGUUUGUUGCGUAAACGCUUGAAAAGCAAAGAAAAGUGAGCAAACGAAUAAUUUAAUCGGUACAUUAAAUUGAACAAAGAGACCGAAGAUUAGUUUAACAAACCAGGUGCAUAUUUCCAAUAGCUUGUUAGCGUUACAUCGCCGCGUGCAAUUAUUUAUGCUACAAAUUUUCUUAAGCUUUUAGUGGCGAUAACAUUCGUUUCUCUGGUAUAAAGAAAGACCAUAUAGUAAGGCAGCUAUUUAUCAUGAACUUCCAAUUGACUGAGGUACAGAUAAUAAUUUUUUAAAAAUUUAUAUAUACGUAUAAAUCAAUUUCGAAAGUUUAUUUCUUAUCGAUAUAAAUUUGGAAAAAUACAUGGACACUGAAUAUUUAAAAAAAACAGAACGUAAAUUAUUUUCGCAAAGUGAUUGAAUGAAUAUUCUGCUUCAUAUGUUUUAAGGGGCGUUUAAUUAUAACAUGUAAUGCUUAAUUAAAAUUUUUGUAUAACUAGUCAUUAUAAAACAUGUACAUCCAACUUAAAUCAUAACCAUCGGAAUACUAAGAUAAGAGUUUGUUAAUAUAUCUUGCAUAUGGAGUAUUUCGUAUUAGAACCUGUUAAGUAGUAAUAACUUCAUAAAAGUUUCUUACAGUGUGAUGUUUUCACUUGAAAGGAUAAAAUAGAAAUUAAACUUAAUGGAAAGUUGAAAUAUCAGUUUUCCUUACCUGUAUGUACGUAAUAUGUACAUCUUGUUUUUACAUCAUUAUUCAAGGAAUGCGUAUGUAUUGAAAAAUAUGUUCAACAUCGCAUUAUUUAUCAUCAUUGUACCGAUCUUCAAUAAUUAUAUACAAGUUAUAAACAAACGUAUGAUACAUGUUAUUGGAAUAUGAUAUUUUGUUAUUUGUACAUCAGAAUUUAAUAAAUGUGAAUUUAACGUGGAAAAUGAGUAGUUAUUUUCAAAUGUAUAUUCAUGCAAAUAAUUAUUUAUACUUAUGCGAGAUUUGAUUAAAAAAAUAUUUAAGGGGAAGACGGAAGGAUCUCGUGAAUUAAAACGUGUUUCUUCAUUCAUUUCUUGCGCAUGUCGUAUAUUUCUCGAUUACCUUAACUCAAUUAAAUUUAUUAUAAUUAUAUCUUUAUUAUCUCAAUCAUUUUCUUGUAUAUGUAUCGUGGUUGUUCAGCCGUGUUCAGCAGAUACGUUUAACAGUCUGCUUUGGAUUUAAUCAUUCGACGAUAACGAAUCGUAUUAUAGUACUAUCAUUCAGACAUAUGUUGUUAUACAUCGGUACUUAUUUUGUAUAUGUUCGAGAUUCCGAUAUACUAUUUAUGUUUAUCAUCUCGACAGUUGCUCGUAGUUUCCUGAAUCCUAUGUAUGUCCGACUGGUUUAUCAAUUUUGAUAAAGUGUUACACUUUACGAAACCAUUAGUCACUCGUCUAAUUACACAAAUGCGAUGAAGUAUCAACUAUAAAUCAUACAUUUGUCUGGCACAGGCUUUCAAGCAAUUAAUAAAUAAAUAAAGUAUAAGAUCUUAUACUCAUUGCUGUAACUAAGAUUUUUGCCUACCUAGUGACCCUGAUACUUCAAUAUUUUAAUGUCACUGCAUUCCCUUUCUGCUCUAUUAAUUCUUAAUCUAAACUGUUUUUCAUAUUGCAUAUUAUUAUUAUACUGCAUAUUAAUUAGAAAAGAAUUGUUCAACUUUUUUAUAUUCUAAAAUUAAAGCGAUUGCAAGGACUGUAAAAUAUUCAUGAGAUACACUAUAUGAUAUUUACAAAAUCAAAUUGAUUCUUUUUCUGAAUUCAGUCCGUUUUAGGAUUAAAAAAGUUGGAAAAUUUUGAAUGAACAUAAAUUUUAAGAUAUUAUGGUUUAAAUUGGAGAAAUUUUUGUUUUAUUGGGAUAUAACUAUCUGCGAAUUUAAUUUUCACAAUAAUAAUACAUAUUUAUCAUACAUAUAUAACAGAAACCUCUUGUUUGGGACAGACAAAUAGAUAUUUUGUUAAAAAAAAUUUGUUCUGAUAUUGCCAGAAUAUUUAAAAGUGUAAACGUAAUACGAAACCAUAUUUAAAAGGAACAGUUAAGUAUUAUCAUUUUGAUUUUUUCAGAUCAUAAUCCCCUAUUUUAAACG